GAUACAUCAGACUAUAAUAUAUGUGUAUAUGGCGGGGAUGGUGCUGGGCGCUGCCCACAUUGCGCAGACAGGGGAGGGAGUAAAGGCCCAUAUGUGGGUAUAAAGGCAGCGAGAGAAGCGCUUACACCAGAUACACAACUGGGAGCCAUGAAUUCCUUCCUGCUGAAGGCGCUGCUGCUCGGGACGUUGGCAGGAAUGGUGCUUACAGCCCCUAAUGCUCAGAAGGCACAAGAACCUCUGUGUUCCAGGUACGGGGAGGCGCCAUGUAAACUGGAGUACAACCCGGUGUGUGGGACGGACGGAAACACUUACGGCAAUGAGUGCAGCUUGUGCUAUGAAAAUAGGCUUCGCUCUGAGAAAAUUCAGAUCCAACACGUCGGCCAUUGCUGAACCCAGAGACCAGGACCCCCCAGCAGACGGACAUGACUAUCCUGCUAAUUCAGUGCUUCAUGUACCCUACCCCCAGCUCUCUCUGUAACCCAAUCAAGUCAUGGCUUCCUACUGGGAAAAUGUAUCCUGUAUAGAAAUUGGGGUUAACUUCCAAUUAGACAUAUAGUAAAGUGGGCUGACUGGGCCGGCGUGGGUCCAAUAGAAUACCCUACUCAUCCUCUUCUCCAACCCCUUUUAUACUCCAUUUGUUGUUCUCUCCUUUUCUCUAUUUUCUGUUCACACUAAGUUUUUGAUCAUACUUAUCCUCGGGAGAAGAGCAGCCAUAGCCAGGUUACACGGGGCAGUUAUGUACAGCAUUUCUGGCUGGAUAGGCCAACUGGCUGGAUACUAUUAGCCCUCAUAUUCUUGGGGUAUCUGAGAACUGUAGAUCAGCCCCAGUCCCUGCGGAAAUUGUCAUCACUGUAUCUUGCAAAAAACACUGUAUUUAGGUCUAAAUGUGCCACUUGUUUUGUGUUUUUCUACUGCACACAGAAUUAAAAAAUGAUUCAUAAUGUUAAAAAAGUG